AUGAAGUCUGUUGCUUUCGCCGUCGGCUUACUCGCCAUGGGCGGCACGGCAUUUGCCGCACCCGCCAGCGCUCUCGACUACCCAACCAACUCUACCAGGCCUGGUCUGAACAGCUUGAUGAAGUUGAAUGAUGGGCGUUAUUUUGGGACGGCUGCGAGCGCGGUCCAUUUCAAUGACAGCAAGUGGUUGAGUGUUCUUCAGGACAGUGAUAUGUUUGGAUCCAUGACGCCAGAGAAUUCGCAGAAGUGGGAAGCCACUGAGCCCGAACGUGGUCUCUUCGAUUUCGCCGCUGCAGAUCUAAAUGUGCAGAAGGCGCAAGAGGCGGGUCAAAUGGUCCGCUGUCAUACCCUUAUCUGGUACAACGGCCUGCCAGAUUGGAUAACAUCGCAAACGUGGACCAACGAAACACUCAUCGCAGUUAUGGAGAACCACAUUAAAGAAGUCGUGACCCACUUCAAAGGCCAAUGCUACUCCUGGGACGUCGUAAACGAAGCUGUGAACGACGACGGAUCCUACCGCGAAACCAUCUGGUACAAUACGAUUGGGCCCGAGUACAUCGCCAUGGCCUAUAACAUGGUCGCCAAGUACGAUCCCGAUGCCAAGCUGUACUACAACGAUUACGGCAUCGAGUUUAUCAACAACAAGACCCUGGGUGCCAUCGCACUGGUCAAGGAUCUCAAGGAGAAAGGCGUCAAGGUGGAUGGUGUCGGCAUCCAGGGACACUACCCCGUGGUCCUGGCGCCAAGCUACGAGGAUCAAGUCGAGGUGUUGCAGAGGUUUGCGGACCUCGGCGUCGAAGUGGCCACGACUGAGCUCGACGUCUUCGUCGAGAUUCCCGAGAAGGUCGAACAGGUGGCGAUGCAGACGGCAAUCUACGCGGACUCUGUGCGUGCGUGCGUGGAUGUGCCUGCGUGUAUCGGCGUCACGGUCUGGGGCUUCUACGAUCCCUACUCCUGGGUUCCGGGCACAGUUCCGGGUUACGGCAACGCUGAUUUGUUUUGGGCAAACUGGACAGCCAAGCCAGCCUAUGAUGCCAUCGUCAAUGCUCUUCUCCCCAAGGAGUAG